GUAUUUAUAAAUGGAAAAAUGUUGUUCGGAUGAACAGACCUCGGAAACAUUUGCAAACAUGAUAAAUGUUAUUGCAGAAAAUUUUCAACUUAUUUAUGAUUUUGUCGAGGCUCUGAUCAUUGAUAAUAUACUGUCAGCUGAUUGGAAGGAUAUUGUUCUAGGUGUUCUGUUUGUAAUUCAUGCUGUUCUCAUAAUUCUUUUCUCAUUCUCUCGAUCUACCAUCUACACUUUUUCAAAGAAUGAAUGAGAGAAAAUAAACUACAAAAUGUUGAUUAAGUUCCUGUCUUCCUGUUCUUUUUGUCGUCAGUUCUCCACAUCUAGUUCCAGCAACAAGGUUAAAAACUCAGAGGAAUGGCACAAACGCCAUAUUAAGGACAGAUUUGUCCAGCAGUCCCGAGCAGAGAACUAUAGAGCUAGAAGUGCAUUCAAACUAUUAGAAAUACAGGACCGGUUCCAGUUGAUAAGAGAAGGGAACUAUGUUGUUGAAUGUGGAGGUGCACCAGGGGCCUGGACCCAGGUUCUAACCAAUAUUAUAGGUGGUAAGGGUAGAAUAGUAUCCUGUGAUCUGCUACUGAUUGAGCCAAUUCCAGGGGCAAUCACACUCUCUAAAACAGAUUUUACUCAUCCUGACUCUCAGGCAGCAAUUUUGAAGCAUUUAGGUGGCAGAAAAAUUGAUGUAGUUCUCAGCGAUAUGGCGCCAAAUCUUUCAGGAACGAAGGAGUUAGAUCAGAUGAUGACAACAAAUCUAGUCUAUUCUGUGAUAACGUUUAGUCUGAUGAACACAACAGCAGGGGGAGCUUUCCUCACAAAAACGUUCUUCGGAGAACAAACAAAAAGAAUUGUUGAUGACCUGCUGAAAUUUUACAGAAGCGUUGAAUACAUAAAGCCUGAAUCUAGCAGAAAGGAAUCCUCAGAACUCUAUCUUCUGGCACGAGAUUUCAAGGGAAUAAAGAAAAGAAAAUAAACCUCAUUAGCAGUGGCCAUAACACCCCUCAGAGAUUGAAAAAGAAAACUUUUAGGUCAAAAACAGUUCGGAAUCGUUAGGAUCGGAAAAACUCUUAAGAUUCAAAACACCCCAGUUUGCAUUUGCCCUUCUGUUUACUAAUAAGAACCUUGUUUAGUGACAAUUGUACGCGUUUUGUGUCUAUAACUUUUAUGCUUCUUUAUCGUUAAUGUAACUUUUAAGAAAUCUCUUAUGCUCAAAAAUAAUCAAUACAAUCAGAUAA